UCUGGCCGCAAGCCCGGAAAUGGAGGGCCGGGCGGGGCUAGCUGGGCGCAUGCGCGCGGGCGCUCUUCCUUUCUCAACCUCCUCGCUGCUGCCGCCAUGGCUCCUGCGAAAAAGCUGCCGACGAAGGGUGGCAAAAAGAAGAAGCAGGUCUUGAAAUUCACUCUGGACUGCACCCACCCGGUAGAAGAUGGUAUUAUGGAUGCUGCCAACUUUGAGCAGUUCUUGCAGGAGCGGAUCAAAGUGAAUGGGAAAGCUGGGAACCUCGGUGGAGGUGUGGUGACCAUCGAGAGGAGCAAAAGCAAAAUCACUGUGACCUCGGAGGUCCCUUUUUCCAAGAGGUACCUGAAGUACCUCACCAAGAAAUACCUGAAGAAAAACAAUUUGCGUGAUUGGCUGCGUGUCGUUGCCAAUAGCAAGGAGAGCUAUGAGCUGCGGUAUUUCCAGAUUAACCAGGAUGAAGAGGAGGAGGAGGAGGAAGAUUAAAUGCGAAGUAAUCUGGAGAUAUUUUGUACAUUCGGUUUUCCUUGAAUAAAAUGUGGCAAACGUUCUUGUAACAUU